UCUGUUUAGAGGCUUGUACUAUCUAAAUACUCAUUUACUUUCUUGUACAUUUAAGCAACUGGUGUGCAACACUUAUUGUAGUUUAUGCUACAACAAAACUGGUUUAUUUUCUGUGGGCAGCCUUUUUCUUAUUUUUAUGUGUGUGUGACUAGGGUUUCAGAUUUUAACUUGCCUUAAUAUGGUUUGGUUUUUAUCAUGAAUAGUGAUGGUGCAGCUGCAUUAGUCCUAGUGAGUGGAGAGAAGGCACUUCAACUUGGAUUGCAAGUAAUUGCAAAGAUUAAGGGCUAUGCUGAUGCAGCUCAGACACCUGAAUUCUUUACAACUGCUCCAGCCCUUGUGAUACCAAAAGCUAUUUCAAAUGCUGGUUUAGAUGCUUCUCAGAUUGAUUACUAUGAAAUAAAUGAAGCAUUCUUUGCUCACGGGAAGGUGCUGAUGCAGUCAUGCUUUCUGGAGAAACUUCCCACGGAAAGUAAGUUAACUAAUUCAUUUGGCCUUGGGUGGCCUCUUAAUAUGUUUCCAAUGUGCAAUCCGCUAUUGAAAAAGUAUUAUCAAAACUCAAUAAAUAUGUUUGUUUUCUAAAUUUUUUGCUUUCUUUGUAGUAAUGUGUAUCCCACAAAAAUAAUUAUAGUAGUAUUCUCUAGUUAAAAAAAUGUUAAUGAUUCUUAGACACUUUAGAGUUAUCAGUUAUGUAUGACUUUUUCCUCUUGUCUGAUGCAAUUUUUUUGUCUUGUCAUUUCUAAUGAUGUAACCAAAAUAGUGUCAAAAU